GAUGAGAGCAAACAUCUUAGCGAGUACUUUAUCAGCUCUUCUCACAAUACCUACCUCGCAAAAGGUCAACUAUACGGCCAGUCUACCGCUGAACAAUACAAAAACGUCCUUGAUGCAGGCGCACGUUGUGUGGAAAUCGACCUCUGGGAUGGCGACAACGACGAGCCAAAAGUCACACACGGUUGGACACUUACUUCCAACCUCUCACUUAGAGAUGCUUGUCAGGCGAUCAACGAAUGUAUACACUCAGAUGACUUCCCCGUUAUCAUUUCAUUAGAGAAUCACGCUUCUAUUCCACAACAAGAUAAAGCCGUUGAUAUCUUAAAGGAAUCUUUCGGCGAUAAACUCGUCAGCACACCAUUAGAGGGGGUUGAAGUUCCAACACUCGCUCAACUGAAGGGUAAAGUCGUCGUAAAGGUUGAAUACUAUCCAGAUUCACUCCAAUCGCUUCAAGAGCAAGUCGAGCAUUUACAGAUUGAGUCAGGUAGCGACGAUGACGAAGAAACAAAGAAGUUACGUCAAGAAAAGGAAAAAGUACGCCCUAAAAUGUCUUCCUCUUUGAGUGCUUUGGGUGUCAUAGCCAUGUCCGUCAAGCCGGGUAACAGAGAAUGGUGGAAUGCUCGUUCACGUAUUACCGAACCAAGGAAUGCGGUUAUUAACGUGGGUGAGAGCGCGAUGAGUAAGGUUUGUAACGACACUCGUGCACUCGCAGAUGUUCGUCACACUACCAAAACCCAACUUGUAAGAGUAUACCCACACGGAUUGCGCAUAGAUAGUCGUAACCUCGAUCCACUCCCACUUUGGCGUGGUGGUGCCCAAAUUGUUGCUCUCAACUUCCAAGUUUUCGACAAAGGCUUGCAACUCAAUAAGGCACUCUUCGCUAAUCGUGGUUUCAUCCUUAAACCAAAGCAUGUCAGAAUGGGUGAAACUGAUGCGGACACUCGUAUGAGAAAGCUCAACAUACGCGUCGUUGGUGCCUCAGAUAUU